AUGAAUUCCCAGAACGUUGUUCUCUUAGUAUUGCUAGAUCUUAGUGCCGCCUUUGACACAGUAGACCACGAAAUUCUUCCGAGUAGGCAUCACUCUACAUUCGGUAUCACUGGUAAACCUCCAGAUUGGUUUGCCUCGUACCUCACUGGCAGGAGUCAGCGUAUAUCUAUCUCAGGUGUUCUAUCAAACUAUUUUCAGUUAAGUUGUGCAGUUCCUCAGGGUUCUUGCCUUGGUACCCUGCUUUACGUCAUCUACGCAUCUAAACUGUUUGACAUCAUCGAAAUGCAUCUUCCAUAUGCUCACUGCUUUGCAGAUGACUCCCAGCUAUAUUUGGCAUUUAAGCCUGAUAGCUAUAUGGAGCAGAACAAAGCCUUAGCUGCGAUAGAAAACUGUAUACGUGACAUCCGCUCAUGGAUGAGAAACGACAGACCCUUAUUGAAUGAUGACAAAACCGAAUUCCUCAUUAUAGGUACUAAACAGCAACUUGCCAAAGUGAAUAUUUCUCAGAUCAAAAUUGGUGAUUUAGUCGAAAGUUGUUAGAAAUCUAGGAUCCUGGUUUGAUGAAAGAUUCACCAUGGAAACGCACAUAAAUAAAGUAUGCAAAACAGCUUUUUGUCAUCUCCACAAUAUUAGAAGAAUUAGAAAAUACCUAUCACCUUAGUCAGCUGAAAUUCUGGUUCACGCGUUUAUCACCACAAGGUUGGAUUAUACUGCGAUAGUUUGCUGUUUGGACUGCCGCAGUAUUAGCUGGCCAAAUUACAACGGGUGCAGAAUGCUGCGGCCAGGCUUAUCUGUAAACUACCUAGAUUUUGCCACAUUACACCUGUACUUCGUAGUCUCCACUGGCUUCCAAUUAAUUAUCGUAUCGAAUUUAAGGUCUUAUUAAUCACGUUCAAGGCAAUUCAUGGUAUUGCACCUGACUAUAUUUGCAACAUUGUAAACGUUAAAAAGCCCUCAAGGUACAAUUUACGUAAUAAUGAAGAGACCUUACUAGUACCACCACCGGGCAAAUCACUUGUGACAUUGGGAAAUAGAGCAUUUGCAUCUGCAGCCCCAAAACUAUGGAACUCUUUGCCUAAGGCUAUUAGGGCCACAAAUUCAUUAUCAACCUUCAAGAGCAAUAUCAAGACUCUGCUUUUUAACUGUGCUUGUAAUGCUUAGAUAUCUUCUGAUCAUUGUAAUAUUUUAUUCUCAUUCACCAUGUAAUUGGCGCAAUAUAAAUUUCAUUUUAAAUUAAAUUAAUUAAAUAUAUAUCAACUGUGAGUUUUCCCUGGAAUUUUUCCAAAACGUCAAGUUAUUUCAAAAGAUUGACUGAAUAUUUGCCAUGCAUGCAUGUAUGCUUUGUUAAGGCCCUGUCACACUAUUGCGUAUCGUACUAGCGUAUGCCAACGUAUGAAAAAUAUCACUCAUGCGCCGGUAUACGUUGACAUACGCUAGGGUACGUUAGGCAUAGGUUGUCUACGUUUCAAGCACGGUCGCAUACGGUGGCAUACGCUGGCAUACGGCGAGGCAGAAAAUUUUUUUUAAGCAUGUUCAAAAAUUUUGUGCGUAUUGCACGUAUGCUUUAUACGAUAAGCAUACUCUAGGCACACGCUGAAUACGCUAGAGGUACGCCAUGCAGAUGUACGGUACUCAUACGCUUGCAUUUCAAAAGAUUUUUGUUUUGUACGUAUGAAAAUUAUUUCAUUAAUUUUGAUACGCUUCUCAUACGUUUCUCUCAUACGCAAUAGUGUGAGAGGGCCUUUACUUGCUUAGUGUUGUUGCUGAUGCUGGAGAAAUCGAAGUCUACCUGCAUGAAUAUUUUAGAUACAUGCAAUAGUAUUUUGAAUCAGAAAUUAAUAUACUCGGAGCAGAAUAGUUUUUUCAAAGCUGAACUUAUAUACACGUUAUAGGCAUGUUCCAAACGUUGCGUUUCUUUGUCGUUCGCCAGAUUUGCACUAAGCCUGAUUUGCAUUACGUUAAUCUGAAAUUUUAAGAAUAACGCGGGCUGUCGCAUAUAUGCAGCAUGAAGUGGAUAUUUUCCUAACUCGCUUUUCCUAACGAUCUUUUCCUAAAGACGCUGCCAUAGAGUCAGAAAAAAAACCCAUGAGAUCAACACGUCUCAAAAGUUGUACACCAUUUUCAUUUUCCUGCUUUUCGGUCGUUCUCCAAGAUUACCGAUAGAUUUCAUGUUUGGUUGUAACAAAGUUGAAGACAGACUCGACCACAAAAAUUAUGAGAAAAAGUAGUCCAGUGGAAUGAAUGACGCUUAUACUUUCGCCUGCGAACAUGCUUUUAAGAACAGUUUAAAAGGAAAGAGAUAUUAUGAUAAAGGUGCGAGAUAUUCUACGUUAGAACGUAGUGAUCGUGUACUAGUAAGGAAUUUAAGUGAAAGGGGUGGUCCAGCAAAGUUGAAAUCGCACCGGAAGAAAGACAUUCACAUUGUCGUAAAUUGCAUGCCGGACAGUCCAGUGUAUCAAGUGAAACCAGAAGCGAAAGAUGUAGGCAACGAUUACUUUAUCGGAAUCGUAUCUUACCGUGCGAUUUCCUACCACUCUCACCGGAACCCCAACAAAGAACAAGUCCAAAACCAUUCAAAAGAAGGGUAA